CAUAUAUGGACGAUGGCGAAUCUUGUUCCCCGUUGACGAUGAUCGGCAUGAUCCUGCCUGCUGCGAGGAGCUGCCACUCUUGGCUACGGUAUACGUGAUCGACGUUAUCAUGCUGUCAUCCCAGCACAAUUUGAUCGGGAGCUUUCAUCUCUAUAUCAGCAGUCCAGCAUUUGUAGACAAGAAACCCACAUAGCAAUUACGACAAUUUGGUUAUUGAAUUAUCUUUCAAGACCAAACCCUACCAAUCAUCCCCAAUCCGACCGGGUUGGGCGUCAUUUAGACCAAUCCAUGGUUAAAGCGGGUCGCGCAACCUGGGCCAAGGAAUGAGGAAUCGAGAUUCGGGAUCAUUAACCUUCUCCUCCAGCUUUUGGUUUUUCACCCCUCCGCCACGGACACCCCAGUCCUUCUCUCUCUCUCUCUCUUGUUUCUCUUGCUCAUCUUCUCCAUCGUCCCCCCCCUAUCGAUGGCCAUUUUUACUCUGCCCCGGUCGUUCCAGAGCAAUGCCUUCUCUCCCCAGAACCCGAUGGCAUCCGCCGCCAUAAGCGCGGCAAGCUCCAGCUCCAGCUUUAUCGCCGGCGCUCCCUCACAACACCCCCCCUUUUUCCAUCUCGUGCUCCUCGUUUUUGAGGCCGUGUUGGAAGUUGUCUGUGUCAGUUUGCCAGGCUAUUUUGCUGCCCGACAGGGCAUGUUCGAUGCCGAAGCGCAGAAGCUGGUGGCGAAUCUCAACGUGACACUGUUUACCCCCUGCCUGAUUUUCAUCAAGUUGGGCUCUCAAUUGACCGCCGAAACCCUCGCCGAUUUGGCGAUUAUCCCCGUGAUCUUCAUCGUGCAGACCGUCGUUUCAUACCUUUGCGCCUUUGUGAUUGCGCGAUGCUUCCGUUUCAAGAAGCGCCAGUCGAACUUUGUGGCGGCGAUGGCGGUGUUUGGAAACUCCAACUCCCUUCCCAUCUCCCUCGUCAUGUCCCUCUCCCAAACCCUCAAGGGCCUCCACUGGGACCGCAUCCCGAACGAUAACGAUGACGAAGUGGCAGCUCGAGGUAUCCUCUAUCUGCUCAUCUUCCAGCAGUUGGGACAGCUCGUUCGCUGGAGUUGGGGUUAUCACAUCCUCUUGGCUCCCAAGGACCGAUACUUGGAGGACGCAGAGGGCGAGGAAACUGGCCAGUCGCGCAUUGAGCAAGGCCAGGCACGGUACAGCGACAACCCAGAUCAGACCGAUCCAGAUGAACCCUUAGUCCGCACACGCAGUUCCGACGAUCCCCACCGUUCUCCGGGUGGCAGUAGUCGAUUCCACUCCGGGGACCAAACGCCCGUAUCGACUCGUGCCUAUUCAUACACCAAGGUAUCAUCGAUCCAUUCCCAUGAUGAAUUGGACCAGCAAGAAGACUCGCAUGCGCCACCAUCGGUCUUGGGGCCACCACCCGCUGGUCCAUUCUUGCCGCGUCAAAAUACCGGAGUCGACAUCCUCUCCUUCCCCGACGUUGAAGCCACCGCACGUCAAUCCCAUGCGGCUGACAAGACCUUCCUUCAGCGCUGCAAGAGCUCUCUCCGUCGACGCGGUGAGCAUAUUCGCGGCGCCUGGGAGAAGAAGACGGACGCGCUGUACGGACGUUUACCCCCCAAGGCCCAAAAGGUCCUCUCUACCACGACGCGCGGGGUGUCUCGAUUCCUCCACGGUGCAUGGGACUUUAUGAACCCACCGUUGUGGGCGAUGCUCGUCUCCGUGAUUGUAGCCUCCGUGCCAUCCCUACAACACCUCUUCUUCGACGAAGGCACCUUUAUCCGAAACUCGGUGACUCGCGCUAUCGACCAGAACGCGCAAGUCGCAGUUCCCCUGAUCCUGGUCGUUCUCGGCGCGAACCUCGCACGCAACACAUUGUCUGAGGAGAAUCUGGCUGACGUGGAACAUCCCAGUGCGGAGCGUAAGCUGAUUAUCGCCUCGCUGGUCGCGCGUAUGCUCCUGCCGACGCUCAUUAUGGCCCCACUGCUGGCGCUGAUGGCCAAAUUUGUGCCUAUUAGUAUUAUGGACGACCCGAUUUUCAUCAUCGUGUGCUUCCUGCUUACCGGUGCGCCAUCGGCGCUGCAGUUGGCGCAGAUUUGCCAGAUCAAUAAUGUUUAUGUGGGGGCAAUGUCGAAGUUACUAUUCCAGAGCUACGUUGUCUGGAUUCUCCCCUCGACUCUUAUCCUGGUCAUGUGUGCCCUGGAAGUCCUCGAAUGGUCUGCCUGAGACACCCAUGCAUACCCGUUCUUUUUACCUGUUCUGACCCCUUAAGCCAUGUACUCGUACAACCACAAACCCGGCGAAGCUGGUCUUCCCUUUUAGCCAUUCAUUUUUUUCCGGACUUUGAUGUCCUCGCACUCGAUAGCGCAAUUGCUUGGGAUCUACUUUGGCGUUUGAAGGCCCGCAAACAUGCUUAUCAGGGCCAUGGUAUUGCAUUGGCGAUGGUGGCGUACGUUGGCUUCCUCCUACUUUUCAUGACUUGAUCUUGUACCUUCCUUUUGGCGUUGCGGAGAUGUUCUGGAAUUUUACAUUCUUACUCCCCGAUACACCUGGAGAGAUAUUAAGGGAUUCUAUUCUACAAUUGAUUUCAGGACAUAUACUCCACUGCAAAGUGGCCGUAAAUGCGAUACGAUGUUCAUAGAUGUGUCUGUAGCUGUUCUUUUACUUUACCCCAUGCUAAAUAUGUAAAUCUCUACCAUGUCCCUAGACCGAACACACUCCGCCUCCGGCACCCACUAACAUGGAAAUAUCAUGCGCAACCCUCCCCGCCGAAUCUCCCAUAACAUCGAUAACCAUCGCCAUCCCCGUCGCCAAAUGCCACAAAAUAUGACAAUGGAAUAGCCACACGCCCGGGUUGUCAGCGCGGAAGCGCAGCACUGCGUACCCGCGACUAGGUAUCUGGACUGUAUCGCGGAGGGUGGCACGGGAGAGAUCGUAGGGUUGGUAUGAGGGAUCUGCUGGGGUUGGCGGAUCGGUUUCCGGGGUGGAUUCGGGGUUUGGUGCUAGGCCGGGUGGGUAAGGGUCUGUGAAGGGGUCGUAGGAACCCCAGCCGUAGGUGGAU